AGUCAGUGGUCACGCUGCCCUGGUCAGUGUAGGAGGUGCUCCACGAGGUUGCUGCAGUUUACCUGCUUUACUAGAACAUUUUCGCUGGCUGGACAAAGUUUUCUGAAAAUAUUCUGGGCUCCCAAGUGUUGAUUCUAUAGCUGCAGAGGUUUGCGUGCUUCCUGUGCCAACCAGACUCUCGCCAAUAUGGGCACCAUGAUGCACCCAGAGAACCAGCCGCCUCAAGACCCACCCAAGGUGGUGGCUAAGACCCGACUAGAGGAGACGCAGCAACAAGUCAAUGAAGUCGUGGACAUCAUGAAGACUAACGUGGAUCGCAUCAUGGAGAGGGACGAGAAGCUUACCGAGCUCGAUAAGCGCGCCAGCAACCUCACUGCUAGCGCCUCUGAGUUCCAGACGACCUCACGCAAGCUGAAGAGGAAGUACUGGUGGAAGAACUUGAAGAUGAUGCUUAUACUUGGUUGUGUCGUCGUUGUGAUCAUCGUGAUCAUCAUCGUGGCUACUGUGGGCAUUCCCAGCAGCAGCAGCGGUGGUGGUGGUGGUGGUGGUACCAGCCCCACUCCAGCCCUUCCGACGACUACCAUCACAACGACCUCGAGGACAGCUAGGGCCAUUUUGGGUAACUUGCAACCUCAGGCUUAAUUGCAGCGUAUUUGAGAAUACACUAGGCAUCACUUUGCCACGAUUGAAAUUUAACUAUAAUAGCUACUACGGCAGUCAUUGCCAUAAACACCCACGGGACUUUCAGAAUACGUGAAUUUAAAGGCGAGAUUUAAAGUAGGAGGCAGCUCCUCUUUGUUGCUCUGAAAAAUGUUAGAUAUAUAAGGCUGCCAAAAAAUGUAAUUUUAAUGUGUAACUAUAUAAUCGGUAUAAUAUGAGAAUUCCACUAAUAAAGGCUAUGCAUCUAAUAUGCAUUAUAUAUGCAGUGGCAUUAUCCAUGUGUUUUUAUAUAAUUAACUAGCAUUUGUAUGUCAUCACAGCUUUCUUUAUUAAUAGUAACUGAUAAAGUAGAAUGUAUUUUACAGAUUUAAUUUCAGAAAGUUAAAUAACAAUUUGCAACUAUGCUCUCAGAGAAAGUUUAUAACAUUAAUUUAUAUUGUAAUUUUACAUGUAUUUGGGUUUGGUUAUACUUUUAAGAGAAAUCUGUGGUUUAUAGGGUUACUGAGCCAGCUGCUGGUCUGACCCAGCGGUCAUGGUUUAAUCAUGGUCAGUGUUGCUUUCUUAAUAUAUAUUGUAUGUAGAUACGUGUUUGGCAAAUAUAAGAGUUUAAUCUA